AUGCUUCCCGUGCUCCCCACUCCUCCACAGCGCAGUUUUCCAUAUCUCCAACCUUACCUCUGCAAAACCCCCAAGCUCAUUCCCGCCCUCACAGAGAACUCCGACAAACCCUGCGACACAGGCUCCCCCAUCAGCACCCUGCAAAAGGAGUUCCCCAACCUCGACUUCUCAGCCGUCGACCCCACCUACCCGACCAAAACCACGCCCAGCAACCCCUACGCCUUCACCCGCUCCGCCGUCCUUGCCCGCGGCACCCGGGCACUCAAGCACCUGCGCUCCCGACCCGAAAAGGCCAUCGCGGUGGUCAGCCACUCCGGCUUCCUCCGCACAGCGGUAUGCAAGACGCAUUUCGCGAACGCGGACUACCGCGUUUUCGAGUUUGGUGAGGCGAGGGAAGGAGAGGAGGAGGAGGAAGAGGGCGAGGGGGUCGAGUUAGUGGAGUGGGGACUCACGGCUGGGAAGGGGGGAGGGAUGGGCAGGAGCGAGAAGGGGCGGGCGGAGGUUGUGGAGAGCGAUUUUCCGAUUGAGAGGGUUGAGGAGGAGAUGGGUGGGAAGGUUGCGGGGGAGGCGGCGAGGGAGGUGCCGAAGAACUGA